CGUGAGAAAUAUGUCUUUGAUUUAAGAGAAGCUAAAGAAAUGACGGCAGUUUAUCUGAACAUCAUGGGCAAACUUGACAUAAACUUCCCAGUUGGUCGUUCAGAUGUGGUAACUGUCGUUGGAAGAAUUCGUGGCCUUUUGAAAGAGAAAAGCGAAGGCCAUCCUGUUCUUUUACUUCUCGACAAUGUCGAGCAGUUCACUGAAGGAAAGGGGAAGGAGGGAAAGAACUUAAAAACACAGUUUUUAGACUUCCUGGGGAAACUGUCAGGAUUAGAAGGCAAGACAGGUUCAUUAAAUGUGUUUCUGACUUCAAGGACUCAGCUGAAUAAUUCAGAGAAGGUUUCUGAUUUUAAGUUGCAACCUCUUACAAAUAAUUUUUCAGAGAAAAUCUUGCUACCCACAGAAACAUUUCAUGUUGAGGCACAGCAGAAAAAGAAGCUUCUUGACAUCUGCAAAAGAGUCCCAUUACUGUUGAAGGGAACAGCUGCAAUUUUGAAACAAAGGAGAAAAUCUCCCAGUGAUCUGAUUGAUGAGAUAGAAAUGAACUCUAAAGAGGAAGCUGGAGUUCCUGUGAAAUCAAAAUAUGAAGAGGAUACAGAAGAACGACCCUUUAAUUCAGAAGAAGAAGGCAUUGAUGGUGAGCAAAUAUCAGUGAUAAGAGAAAUGUUUGAUACUCUACCAUCUGACAUUUUGAGGGUUUCUGCUGUAUCAGUAUCCUUGUUUCAUGGACCCUUUACUGCUUCCAAUGCUGCCAAAAUUCUUGAUGUGAGCAUGUCCGAAGCAGUGGCACAGCUUGAAGGACUAGUAACCAAUGAAAUUAUUCAUGUAGCUGACGAAGAUGCCACGCAGUUGAUCUAUGACAUUCAUCCACUUCUAAGAAAGUAUGCUGAAAGCAUUAAAAAUGAUGACAUGUUCUGUGACUCUUACACUGAAGCCAAGGGAAGAUUUUACGAGCACUUCAUGUCGAAGAUGAAACAAAUUGCUGGAUUAAUGAAGACCAGCGACAUCAAAGCAUUCAAUGAGUUUCAAAGAGAUGGUCCAAACUUUGAGUUUGCAAUUGACAUCUCCUUGCUCUCAGAGUACUUCAGUGUUCCUGGUGGAUACCAUGAAAUUACAUUGAUUGUAUCCCUUUUUAAUGCUGUAUUAGCUGAAAAGAAAAUGAUUGAGGUGUUCCAUUCCUGGGCAGAGAUGUGCCCAAAUGACAGAAAGUUAGGUAUGCAAAAUUUUUUUUAAACUUAGUUAGAAUUUACAUUGUACUGUACCAUAAUGAGUCUUAUUAUUACAGUGUGACGUCUUCAAUCGAGGCCACCUUAGGACUUUCAACCAAUCAGAAACCGCUCUUUUAACAAAGAAUUAGGCGUGCGGGCCUCAUCAGGAACUGUCCUAUAUAAUUUUCCAAUUGGUUAGUUUCGAUUAUAAAUGUUUUCGCCAUCUAGAAUGGUGUGUCAUAUACACUUACUCGUCUUUCUUGUGUGGCUGCUUUUUCUAAAAUAUACAAGCUGCUUACAUAUUAAAGGGCUGGCUAUAAGUAAUAUUGCUUGGUAAGGGGUAUAGAAAAGCUUUGUAUCUUUGGGGGAAAAGCGUUCUGGUUACAAGACAUUGUUUGAAAAUAUCGCACUGUGUUCUUUACCGCUGUAUUGUAUUUUCUUCUUACUACAACUAGACAGUCAUCAUUCUAGAUCUGGGUCCAGAAACUUCGUUUGUAAAAAGAAAGGAAGGAUAAGUCAUUCUUCAACAGAAACAUUUGCAUUCAACAAGAAAGAAUAUCAACGGCUGGGCUAGUGCAGGGUGCUGUUUUUAUCAAGAAGACAUCGCUUAAUCCCAGUUUCCCUCUUCGGCUGAACGGGAAUUUAAACCUUAUAACCUAUCACAUAAUUCAAAGAUAGCGCUAAUACUAUUAUUACUCCUAAACUUUUCGCUUGCUGUAAAAAACGUUUUUUCUUGCAUCCCUGGAGAGAUAUUUUAGCAACAAGAGAAACAAAAAUGGGCAAGUUGCUUGAUCAUGGGAUGGGAAAGCAUUCUCAAUAUGGUGUUGCCAGACAUUUCAUUUGGACUCUGUAUUUCUUUAACUUUCCUCCGGUUCCAAGUUCUUGAGCGAUUGCACGUUGCUGAUUUUCCAGUAUUUAAGUGAGAUCUGUAUGGUGGCUGAUAUUUGCAAACACAACAAACUGUUCUUCAAACACAACAAUUUUGUUAAAAACACAACAGUUUUGUUAAAGAAAUGGUCUCUGAUUGGCUGAAAGUUCUUUGGUGGCCCCGGUUGAAGUAGCCUCCCAUGCAGACGUUCUUAGGGGUUCGUCACGUGUUCCUGCCCCAUGAACGUCUGCUGAACUGAAAGAUCAAAUUAUUCCUUUCCCAUUGUUCGCAAAUAUCAGCUGGAGAUCCUAUCGGCGAUGUUGAAGUCAAAGUAUUGACAAGCCAAACACACGUACAAGCUCUGUAGAGUGUGAUAGGUGACCUAAGAUUUUUGCUCCAGACGAGAAUCUAGGAGAUAAGCGAUGGGUUAUUGUAUCUCUGUAAAAGCUGGAUUAGAUGUUGUUUGCUCAUAAAGUUGUUCUUUGGGUGAUGCAAUGGCUGGGUUUCCUUGUAAGACUGAACAAAAGGCACAAUUUUUUUUACACGUUGUAGUAAAGCCGACUUCCGUUCAGCAAAUUUAACCUCCGAGAUAAUUUUUUUCAAUGAGAUUGUGGGGGUAGCCACUAGUAAGAACGCUUGUGAGUUAACUGAGUAGUUUGUUCUAAAACUGUAAGGUCUUCACCUUUCAUGCGACCUUUCUGAUCCUUUCCAGAGCUAUAAAGUCAAGCGUGAAGUGCACUUCCCAGAUCUGGAAGUCUGCUGUGAUUGGUCUACGUUUUUUUCCGCUCAAGUCAGCAGAUGUUCGUGGGUCAGGAACGCGUGACGAACCCCUAAGAAUGUCUGGGUGGGAGGCUACAGUUGAAGUCGUCACACUCUAAAUGAGUCGAGGAAGCUCUCAAGCUUUUAGUCAUGCUAAUUGAUUGUAGGUUUUUUUUUUUACAUCUAUGCAAAACUACCAUGGGGCACUCACACAAUCUGUUUGCAUAACUGUUUAAAAUUUCACAUUUAUAAAUUUAUGGGAUUUUAGUGGAUUUACUGUAUGUUUCAUGUAGUACCAUGAAAAGGUGAAUGUAAUAAUAUAGAAUGAAUAUAGAGAAUAAUACAUGGUCGCACGGAGAUAUGGAAUUUAUCUUCGAGUGUUCACAUCGAUAUCAAACGAGUGAGCGCAGCGAACGAGUGAGAUAUCGAAUGUGAACACGAGAAGAUAAAUUCCAUAUCUCCAAGCGUCCAUGUAAGGUAUUAUUCUGUUUAUUAUGUAAACAUACUGAUGACGGCGUUUCUGAUGAUUUUCUGAAGAUUUCUGACCACCUUCCGAAGAUUUCCGAAGAUUUUUCAAAUUGUCCCGAAGACCAGACGAACGUUCCCGAACAUUUUCCGAGAAUUUCCGAAAAUUUGCGAAGAUGUUCCGAAGAUUUCCGAAGAUUGCCAAGCACUUUCGAGGAAGACCCGAAGAUGUUUCGAUGAUACACCAACGAAUUUAAGUACAAUUUAAGAGACAAACCUGAUGUCAGGGAAAUUAUCGAUAUCUUCACAUGUAAAAACAUCGUAUUUUUACGUGUGUUCAGAUACCACAUUUCUCGGUGGUAGAAAUCCUUGUAAAACACUGCAGUUUAUAUAAUAAAUAAUAUUAAUGCUAUGUGGGCAUUCAAGUGCUACCUCAUUUGAGGUGGAAGGCAGUAUAACAAAGUUAAGGCAGCUAAAUGUUUAUUUAGCAUUGAUCUUUGUAUAUUUAUAAAAUAACUAAGAUAGUAUGCGUGCCCUGAUUGGCUGAGAGGCAUGUUUGCAUGAGAUUACAAUGUGUGUAAACGUGGUUGUGAUGUCAAGAUGUUUUGCUUCUCGUGCGCAAUUCAGAUGUAAUCAAGCAAGCGCGAAUUUGAAAAAGUUUUUUUAGUUGAAAAAUAGACAAGUUUACUUUAAUUAACCAUUCCCUUGUCAGCUGCAGAAACUUGGGAAAUCAAUGCAAACAUGCCUUGUUUUUUUUUUUUUUCGCUUAAGCAGACAUUUUAAGCUUGAAAUUUUGGAAAGCUUAUGUUUUAAACAAAAAAACAAGAACUGAUUACGCAGGGUGUUACGAAAACUAAGACCCUCGAAAACUAAAACCUAUAAUUCCUAAGACCCAUCUUAGUUUUUGAGAUUACGAAAACUAAGACCCCCUAAAACCAAAUCUGUCAAAAUAUGAAGUCAAAUUGUAACCAAAAUAGGUCUAAUCUGUCAAAUUAUCUUCUCUCCCAUUAGAUGAAUAUUUUGAUUUUAUGGCUUAGACAUUCAAGACAAGUAUAAAUUCUAAGAACUUGUUAGCGUUAAUGUGUUGCCUGCAAGUGACACCGUUUAUAGAUUUCGUGUUGUUAAGCAGAUGAAAUUCGAUCCUAAGGCCUUGAUAAUAAGAAUUAGAGACUCGUUUGUUAGUGCGGUAUUUACAAUUUUGAUCUGUGAACCGUCCAACCCUCCCAGCAGAUAGAAGCCUCAGGACUGGUUCAAAACACUAUCCUGCUAGCUGAGGUAUACGAUUGAAAUCUCCCCCACUUAUUAUACGAGUUUCCGUUACACCAAUGAUGGUGACUCAAUAGAAUUUAAUUUCAUUUAAAAUGUGAUCUUGAAAUUCUUUAAUUCUUUGAGCUUGGUAUAACAAUUGUAUGGAGAAAUGAUCUUUUAUCACUGUGUUUUUAUUGUUUCCAUAGGAUUCAACGUCCCAAAGUCAAUAAAUUUGAUAAUUUUAAUGCGUCCGUUUUUUGCAGGUUCUUUAUUUCAUGCUCAGCUACAAUGCUGGGAAGCUAGACUGGUCUUAAAAGCUCAGGGUGCUCAUAAAGCCUUUGAAGUGUUGCAGAGGGCAUCCAUGUCGUUAAACCAAGUUGUUGACAAAUCUACUGAAUCUUUCAAGCUGACCCAAGGGCUCUACUUGUAUUUUGAGGGAGAAAUCUACUACCAAAACAGAGACUACCACAAAGCGAUUGAAUGUUUAGAGUCCUCCUUAGACCUCAUGGAGAGUGAGUUAAAACUUGACACCAAUGUUGCCAGGUGUUAUAACGCUCUAGGGAAUUGUUAUUACGGACUUGACAGUCCGGAGAAAACCCUCGAGUUCUACAACAAGGCGCUUAAAAUGCAAGAAGAAUUAUCCGGCUGUGAUUAUCACUCCGACAUGGCAGUUUACAAGAAUCAGAUUGGCACAGUUCAUGAGCACAAAGGAGAGUAUGACAUGGCAGUGAAAUGCUACAAAGAUGCUCUUGAAGUUUUAAAAGAGCUCAAAUGUUUAGGAUAUGAAGAUGAAGCACUGUUUCGUAGAAAUCUUGCCAAUGUUUUUGUUCGCCAAGAAAAGUACAAAGAAGCCGAAGAGGAGGCAGAGAAGGCGUUUAAAAUCAGACAUGAAAUUCUUGGAAAUCACCCGGAUACUGUGCGAAGCAUUUUUCAACUGGGAGUUAUUCAAGUAAAGUUAGAGACUUAUGACAAAGCCUUGGACUUUUUCUUGAAAGCUUGGAAAAUGGAGAAAUUAUUGGGUGCUGGGAACCACAGUGCAGUUUGGAGACUUAUUGUUCAAGGUGUCUUUGAUAUGCAUGAAUUCUUAAGAAAGAAAGGCACUGAAAAAGAAAAAGAAAAAGAAAAGUUUAGGCAAGACGCUUUGGCGUUUUGUGAGGAUUUCUGGAAAGACGAGAAAGAGAAAUCUUCUCCACAAUUUAACUUUACUCCUUACAACAAGGAGAUUAUUGAUGCCAUACUAUAUCUACUGGAGAAAAGAACCAGUAAGUUUGGAUUGACAGAUAAGAAAGAGAAAGCUCUCAUAGACAAAUACGAAAGAGAAGCACUUUGGUUCUAUGAUGGAAUGCAAGGAAUUAGUGAGGAAAGCUUUAACAAUGAAUUUGACGAGGCAACAGACAAUACAGCACUUAAUAAACUGCUUAGUCAGAGAACUGCCUUCUUGGACAAGAUACUUGAUUUCUGUAGUCGACACGAUGAGCAUGAAAAACUUCUUAAGCACAAACAGGGAAAGAUAGGGCUUUUUGAGAAAGUCCUUAUCAGGUCCGAUUUUGUUGGUGAGAAGAAACAGGAGAAAUUAAUGCUAAAAGAAGCGGUGGAAGAGUUGUAUAAAGACAUUGGAGAGAAAAACAGUAUUAAGAAAUUUAAAGAAAACCUCUUGGCAACCUGGCAAAGGCAGUGGGAAGAAGGAAAACGUGCAGAGGAGUCAAAAGUGAAGUUGGUGGCUAGAGAAAAAAUGAUCGACGGAAUACUACGGUUGUGCGAGGAACUCAAAAUGAAAGAUCUUCGUAAGAGAUAUAAAAAAGAAGAUUUGAUGUUUCGUGAAAGAUUAUGGGAAAUACGAUACACUGAAAUGGAACCUUCUGUUAAGAAGAAGUUUCUUAAUGAGAUGAGAGAGCUGGCGUCUUCUAUUGGAGAAAGAGAAAGAGUGAAAGUCUACCUUGCUGCCUUAAAGGUAAACUUUUAG